UCCCGCCGCGCCGCCAGAUGUCGCUGUAGCAGCCGCUGCCGGGGAGGAGCAGAGAGAGGGGCGCGGGCGGGAAAGUUUCUGCAGUCAAACACACGGAGGGGAGGUCCCAGCAUUUAGAAUGAAGGUCAAGACCUGUGAGAUUUCCUGGCAUAACCGUGAGCCCGUCUAUAGCGUUGAUUUCCAGCAUGGGACAAGUAAAGUGAAUAGAAUGGCAUCAGCAGGAGUGGACACUGCGGUGCGGAUAUGGAAGGUUGAAAAGGCAAAAGAUGGAACAGGUUUUGUGGAGUUCUUGGCAAGCCUUGUGCGGCACACCAAAGCUGUCAACGUUGUUCGUUUCUCUCCUAAUGGUGAAAUUUUGGCCUCCGGUGGAGACGAUGCUGUAAUAUUACUAUGGAAACUGAGUGAAAACCAAGAUGUAAGCAUGGAAAUAACCCCAUUCAAUGAAGACGAUGAGGCAGAAAUGAGCAAGGAGAACUGGACUGUCUACAAACAUUUGAGGGGUCAUCUAGAGGAUGUGUAUGACCUCUCCUGGACACAAGACAGCAACUUCAUGGUCUCGGCAUCUGUGGACAACUCCGCUAUCAUGUGGGAUGCUGUUAAAGGUCAGAAAUUGUCUAUAUUUAAUGAACACAAAAGUUAUGUGCAGGGAGUGACUUGGGAUCCCCUGGGCCAGUAUAUAGCAACACUGAGCUGUGAUCGUAUUAUGAGAGUGUACAGAACAGAGACAAAGAGAGUGGCCUUCAAUGUAAGCAAGAUGCCAUCUAACAGUGCAACUGAUGGAGAGAAUAAAACGUAUCGAAUGUUCCAUGAUGACAGCAUGAAGUCCUUCUUUAGAAGGCUGACCUUUACACCCGAUGGCUCUCUCCUCCUUGCUCCAGCUGGCUGUGUUGAGGUUGGAAAGGUUCUCGUCAACACAACAUUUGUCUUCUCCAGGAAUCAUCUGAAGAGGCCUGUAUCUCAUCUGCCCUGUCCAUCAAAAGUCACACUUGCUGUGCGAUGCUCCCCUGUGUACUAUGAGCUGAGGCCAGAAGUGAAAGGUGAAAAUGGUAAAGCACCUCCUGGCCUGAUCUCUCAACCCUAUCGGAUGGUAUUUGCAGUGGCCUCUGAAGAUUCUGUACUCUUCUACGACACCCAACAGACCUUCCCCUUUGGUUAUGUUUCCAAUGUUCAUUAUCAUACACUAAGCGACAUAUCUUGGUCGAACGAUGGGACCUUCCUAGUUAUUGCCUCCACAGAUGGAUAUUGCUCAUUUGUCACUUUUGAGGAAGGUGAGAUUGGGGUGCCACUUAAGGAGAAGCCUGCUUUAAUUAUAAGGACUCCUUCCACAGCGGAGAAGAAGGUUAGGAAGUCUCAAAAUAGAAGGUUUUCCUCUCCAAUUCUCCGAGCAGGGGAGCAGACCCUUUCUGCAAGGCUAUUUGAGCAAUCCAGUCCCUGCACCCCGAUCCACAGCAAGAUCAAAGCAGCUUCCACAAGUCAGCCAUCAACUCCGGUGGGCAUAACUAGUGUUCCUGCCACGCCGACCUCUGAGGACAAAAAGAGUGGACAAAACAGGAAAGCUGCACAGCCCAGGAGGAUUACACUCAACACUCUGGAGGCUUGGAGCAAGUCCUGCAAACCUAGCACACCCAGCCCACGGAGAAUCGCCCUAAUCCCUGUAAAGACAAAUUCACCCAACACACAUCAGCUCGCUCCAGUGUCCCCAGGACCCAGUAGGAUGGAGUGCAGUAGUACUGACAAUUCACCAGUUCAGGACCCGUUCUGCAGACCUCCAGAACCCAAGCGUCUGAAAACAGAGGUUCCACCAAUUCUCAUUGUAGAUGAGGAAAUGCCAAGCUGUAGCAAGGAUUAUGAUGAAAUGUCAUAACAAAAAAAAAAAAAACCUUGCUGGACCACGUUGGAUGUGUUAAAUGAUAUGUACAGAACACAGCUGCUGGUCACCCUACUGUGCACCUACCAAUGGACCGGAGUGCUGUCCGCACCUCCUAGUGUGCCACGUGUAUAAAUGUUGAGAACUGGCUCAGCUGCACUUCUGAGGAUUUUCUGCCUUCCAAAGCUUGAUGUUUCUGAUUUUUCUAUUUAAAAUGUAUCUCCACGUUUUGAACAGCUUGAUCCAGUGUGAGUGAUCAAUCCAGAUAUUCAUUUUACUGGUAUAUCAUGUAGAUAAGCUCCUUCAACAGGAGGAAUAACUUCUAUGUGGUAAACUUUCAUUUUUUUUUUUUUUUUUUUUUUAUCCAUGGACUUUAAGUGAAUUCCUCAUCUACUGGGUUUUAAAAUAUCACAUGGGGUACUCCUGUAGAGUGUUCAUGGGGCUGAUUGCUAUGAUUUCUGUGGCGUCUACCAUGUUGUCCUGUACUGGGAAGAUCUGGGUAGUGUACACAGUCCUGGGGCCCGAUGGAUGUUUACCGUAAUAUGUUCCAGGGGCAUCGAAGCAAAAGGUUUUCAAUGUCUUACAAUGUCGCCCCCCCCCCUUUUUAUUAUUACAUGUCCUCUUUCUAAAGCAGCCACAGCCCCAUGUAGUAAAGCUUGUUCCCUGACAGUAUGCUGUAGAGAAGGGCACUUGCUCAUUGUGGGGAUGCAGUGGUCUAGAGAGACCACUGUAGACAGAGCUCUUGCAUACCUUCUAUUGAGUCCAACUAUAGGUCUGCAAUCGGCACAGCUCAUGCUGGCUAAUUUGAGAGCUCCGGGGGGGGGGAGUCAGACCCCUACAAAGAGGCAAUUGCCCUUUUCUGCAGCAUGCUGGCAGGGAACAGGCUUUUCUGUUCACGCUGUGGUUACUUUCUGAAGAAAACAAAGUGUAUAUCUUUGAAAGUCUGGCUGGGCUCUAUGGUUGGCUUCACAUUUAUACAUAACAGUGAUGCCUGUGACCUUGUGGCAGCUUAUUCAAAUAAACUUUCACACCAGAGCAGACGGGUAUUAAAGGGACUGUAAAAUUGGUUCUCCAGAAAUAGUUGAAUUCUUUUCACUAACGAAGGGAAUUUCCAGUAUUUUUAAAGCCUUACUUUUCAAUAAAUUUAACUUAUACUGAAGAUGUA